AUAUAAUCUAGAGCUCUAUAGAUAGAAAACCAAGAAUGAAAAAGAAAAACAAAAGAAGAGAAAAGAACGAAUGAUCUCUAUCAUUCAAUCCCAUGUUCCCGAUCUCUCUUCUCUUCUCUUCAACCCCCACACCCUCAUCCCCUCCAUCAAUUUCCACACACAAUCCCCUUAACUUCUCCUCCUUUCUUCAAUGGUAACGACAUUCACUUUUUAGUGUUUUGAAAUUUUGCAUCACCAAAACAUCCUUGAAGCUCACAACUUUCAUGCACAUAUACCCAUGUUGCAAGAAAAAAGUAAACACAUAUUUGUUUAAUUCCUGUACAAAAUACACGUACAUGGAAAGAAUCUUAUUCACUUUUCUUUAUCAGAGAUGAGAGCAUAAAGACUCAAACUUUCCCUCUGAUUCUGAUCCAAUAAAGGGUUCUCUUUUGACUUGAAAAACUCACCUCCCAAGAUUUGUAGAGAGAGAAAUUUUGGUUUUUGUUUAGAGAGAGUGGGUUUUUGUUAAUAUUUAUUAUUACGUGGAGAUAAUUUGAUCGAGAAAGAGAGAAAUGUUGGAAAUGGAGAGGGAGUUUGAUUCAAAGUUCAGAAUUCAAAGCGGCGAUCAUCCUUCUUCGUCAUCAAAUAACAAUAAUGGGAGCGUGCAGAGAUCUAAAAGCUUUGCAUUCAGAGCACCUCAAGAGAAUUUCACUAUUCAUGAUUUUGAGCUUGGCAAGAUCUAUGGUGUUGGGUCUUAUUCAAAGGUAGUGAGAGCAAAAAAGAAGGAUACAGGAACAGUAUCUGCCUUGAAGAUCAUGGACAAAAAAUUCAUCACCAAGGAAAAUAAAACAGCUUAUGUUAAGCUAGAACGCAUUGUGCUUGAUCAAUUGGACCAUCCUGGAAUUGUGCGGCUCUUUUUCACUUUUCAGGACAAUUAUUCGCUGUAUAUGGCACUUGAAUCCUGUGAAGGCGGAGAACUUUUUGACCAAAUAACUAGAAAAGGCCGUUUAUCGGAGGAUGAAGCUUGCUUUUAUGCUGCUGAAGUUGUUGAUGCUCUUGAAUACAUACAUAGCAUGGGAUUAAUACAUCGAGAUAUAAAGCCGGAGAAUUUGCUACUUACUGCAGAAGGACACAUUAAAAUUGCUGAUUUUGGGAGUGUGAAGCCCAUGCAAGAUAGUUGCAUUACUGUCCUUCCAAAUGCGGCUUCAGAUGACAAGGCUUGCACAUUUGUGGGAACAGCGGCAUAUGUCCCUCCAGAAGUCCUUAACUCUUCUCCUGCAACUUUUGGAAAUGACCUCUGGGCACUCGGCUGCACUUUGUACCAGAUGCUUUCAGGGACUUCUCCUUUCAAAGAUGCAAGUGAAUGGCUUAUAUUUCAAAGAAUUAUUGCCCGGGAUAUAAGGUUUCCUGAUUAUUUUUCAGGAGAAGCAAGAGACCUCAUCGACCACUUAUUAGAUAUAGAUCCCAGCAGAAGACCUGGUGCUGGCCGUGGUGGGUAUGCUGAGCUCAAGAACCAUCCCUUCUUUGAGGGAGUUGACUGGAAGAAUUUAAGAGGAGAAACCCCUCCUAAACUUGUUUCGGAGCCAAUGGUGCACUCAGGUGACAGUGACCAUGACUCUGGGUCUCCAUAUAACCCUGCACGUGCUGGAGACAGUUCUGUGACACAAAAUGAUGGAAAUGCUGGAGUAUCAUCAUCUGCUGAAGCAACGGCUCACAUAACUAGACUUGCUUCAAUAGACUCCUUUGAUUCCAAAUGGCAACAGUUUUUGGAUCCAGGGGAAUCUGUUCUUAUGAUCGCAAUGGUGAAGAAAUUACAGAAACUGACGAGCAAGAAGGUGCAGCUUAUCCUUACCAACAAGCCAAAGUUGAUUUACGUGGACCCUUCAAAGUUAGUGGUGAAGGGAAAUAUAAUUUGGUCUGACAAUUCUGAUGACCUGAGCGUCCAAGUAACAAGUCCUUCACAUUUCAAGAUCUGUACGCCGAAGAAGGUAAGGUCAUUUGAAGACGCCAAGCAGAGAGCAUGGCAGUGGAAAAAGGCAAUCGAGAGUCUUCAAAACCAAUGAAAAUCUGUUUGUGGAUGUGACAAACAUUCUUUUUUUGUUUUGAUAUAGCCGAGGAACUUCGGGAUUCUUAAAACUGUCGACACCACAAACGAUUAUUUAUUUUGUGGAAGAGAUUCGAGUAACAAGUUUGGCAUCUUCAAGGUGCUAAGCUGCCCCAUCAAGCUCUCCCCAUCCCACUUGCUUAGAACUAGCUUUGCAAUGGGGGCUUCUCUGUGUUUUAUGCUUUUAAUGGAAGAAAUGUACAACGCAAGUCUUGAUUGCUGGGUUUGUAGGGGAGACAAGGGUUCACGACUUACUGGAUUUAAAGUUCCAAGCCACUAAUGAAAAGUAUGAGAUAUUUACAGGUGAAAAUUUAUCCUCA